AAAAUUUGAGAUAAAGCAUGAGAGGUGUCUAAUAUCAAAUCAGCAGCUAUUACGAGCCAUUAAGAACUUUUGGUCAAGGGCAUGGACAUUGACUCUGGCAUUUGGCUUUGAAAUUCAAACCAGAUCCAGUUGGGGGCUGUGAUCAUGUUGCAGCCAACGCUCACAUCAGAGCUGGAGGAGAAUGCCGGUGGCCAGGACAGCAUCGUGUUGAGCAUGGCUGGCGUUUGCUUGGACGACGCUGAUGUUGAUGUCGAUCCGGAUGCUGAUGUCGAUGUGGAUGUGGAUGUAGAUGUCGAUGCUGUGCCCGAGCGUAAGCCACAUUUCUUGGACUAUGAUGCUGCAGCGCCGCCAGAUUAUGAGGAGAACUAUGGCUAUAGAAUCGCCGCUGGGGAGCAGCUGAAAAUGGACAAGAAAUUCGAACGGGAUGGUGAGAUUAGCGAUUAUGAGCUGGCCGCCAGUGGCUAUACCAAGAAGGAGUUCACCCAGGACGAUAAUACGCUGCACUACACGCAAAGUAGUGGCGCGGCGGGCGCCAAGAAGCCAGCCAAACACUUCCUGGAUGAGAAUCCUAUACCGCCCGACUAUAUGCUGGCGCAGGAGAUGCGCGAGCAUCGCAGUCUGGAUCGCAAUUUCGAACGGCAGUCGGCGCAGCAACAGCAGCAAAAGGAGCUGCUGCCAGCCCAGCGCCUGGGCUCACCAGCUGGGGCAGUGGGCACAGGUGUCGGCGGCAGUCGCACUUCGCGCAGCAAGGAGCCGUCCUAUACGCUCUCCCGCUUUCUGGAUGCCGAUGCGGCGCCGCCGCCCCUGCCACGCCUGCCCAAAGGUACCGCCUGGACGAGCACAAGCGAUGUGGACGCCACGCUGGGCGCCAAGGUCGAGUGUGUUUACUCGCUGCUCUCGAUGCUGGGCUCCAAUGAUCCGCUGGAGAUGUCGAAAAAGUUUCUCGAAUUGUCCGCAAAUAGUCAGAGCUGUGCCACAUUGCGUCGCUCCGGCUGCAUGCCACUGCUGGUGCAGAUGAUGCAUGCACCGGAUAAUGAGCAGGAGGUGCGCAAGUGCGCCAGUCUCGCGCUGCACAAUGUGGUGCACAGUCACCCGGACGAGAAGGCGGGCAGGCGGGAGGCCAAGGUGUUGCGCCUGCUCGAUCAGAUCGUGGACUAUUGCAGCUUCCUGAAGACGCUGCUGCAGAGCGGCGGCGAGGCCAUAGCCGAUGACUCCGACCGCCAUCCACUGGCGGCCAUAUCAUCCCUGAUGAAGGUCAGCUUCGAUGAGGAGCAUCGACAUGCCAUGUGCGAGCUGGGUGCACUGCAGGUGAUACCCAAUCUGGUGCACUUGGAUCAUGCUGUGCACGGACCCAAGCCAGAGGAUCAGUGCUGCAACUCGCUGCGGCGUUAUGCGCUGAUGGCGCUCACCAAUCUCACGUUUGGCGAUGAGAACAACAAGGCGCUGCUCUGUGGCCAGAAGCAGUUCAUGGAGGCGCUGGUCGCCCAGUUGGACACCAGUGGACCCGACGAUCUGCUUCAGGUGACGGCCAGCGUGCUGCGCAACCUCUCCUGGCGAGCCGACAGCAAUAUGAAGGCGGUGCUCAACGAGAUUGGAACUGUGACGGCACUGGCCAAAGCGGCCAUGCGCAACAAGAGCGAGAAUACGCUGAAGGCAAUACUCUCGGCAUUGUGGAACCUCUCGGCGCACUGCAGCACCAACAAGGCCGAGUUUUGUGCCGUUGAGGGCGCACUCGCCUUUCUGGUGGGCAUGCUCAGCUACGAGGGGCCCAGCAAGACACUCAAGAUUAUCGAGAAUGCUGGCGGCAUUCUGCGCAAUGUCUCCAGCCAUAUAGCCGUCUGCGAGCCGUAUCGUCAGAUCUUGCGCCAGCACAAUUGCUUGGCCAUCCUGCUGCAGCAGCUCAAAUCAGAGAGUCUGACUGUUGUGAGCAACUCGUGCGGCAUACUGUGGAAUCUGUCGGCACGCUGUCCGGAGGAUCAGAAGUUCUUAUGGGAUAAUGGCGCGGUGCCGAUGCUGCGCUCGUUGAUACACUCCAAGCAUGCCAUGAUCUCGGAGGGCAGUUCAUCGGCGCUGAAGAAUCUAUUGAAUUUUCGGCCCGCUGUACAGAAUCAGGAUCAAUUGGAUCCGAUUGCCCGCUCCAUGGGGCUCAAGCAGCUGCCCACGCUGAAGGCGCGCAAACAAAAGGCGCUGCAGCAGGAGCUGGGCGAACGUCAUGCCGAGACCUGUGACAACUUGGAGAGCAACAACAGCAUCAGCAAUAGCAACAGCAAUAGCAAUAACAAUAGCAUCGGCACCAGCGUCAUCUCCCAUAAGGCGCGUCGCCAUCCAGCUCCCACACGUCUGUCGCGCUCCGCCCUGCUGACCAAGAGCGAGAGCCGUGACUCUGUCUAUUCGGCCAAGUCGGACACGGCCUAUGAGCAUCUGAUGCGCUCAGAUGCGGCCCAGCGGCAGGGUAACUUUGAGCUAGAGCUGGAGCACGAUGUGGAGGCCACCGAGGAGCAGCCCAUUGACUAUUCGGCCAAAUAUAGCGAAGGAGCGGCCACUAGCAGCAGCAAAGCAACAACAUAUCAGGAAACGGAUUUGGAUCAGCCCACGGAUUUCAGUCUGCGCUAUGCGGAAAAUCAAUUGGAGUCGGACAUGAAGUCCGCCGCGGGCUGUGCACCGAGCGCCAAAGCAACGGGCGAGGGUCAGGAGAUACUGCUCAUGCUGGACGACAGUGUCAAGUGCUAUCAGACCGAGGACACGCCGUAUGUCAUAUCGAAUGCGGCAUCUGUCACGGAUUUGCGGCAGGCGGCCAAAGCGGAGGCCGAUGCAGAAUCAUCGCUGCCCGCCGAGGCGACCAUUAAGCCCAGCGGCGUGGAUGAGAGUGCAUUGGCGCAACCUCAAGCACCCAUAAAGCAGCAAUCCUCGAAGCUGUCCUCGGCUCUGGCCUCCGGCUCCUAUACGCCCGAGAAGCCCAUCAAUUACUGCGAAGAAGGCACGCCUGGCUACUUUAGUCGCUACGAUUCGCUCAGCAGUCUGGAUGAGCCUGGAAAAUCUGUCCCAAAAGCAGACAGCAAACCAGCCAAGUCAGAGGAGCAGCAGCAAACGGAGCAGCCAGAGCUGCAGCCGCAGGAGGAGCCAACGCCGGCUAAGCCCAAUUCGGCGCUGGAGACGCCGCUAAUGUUCUCUCGGCGCAGCUCCAUGGACUCCCUGGAUGUGGAUGUGGCUAAUUGUGACGACAAGAGCUCGGUGGUCAGUGAUUUUAGUCGUCUGGCCAGCGGCGUCAUCUCGCCCUCCGAGCUGCCCGACUCGCCCACGCAAAGCAUGCCGCAAUCGCCGAGGCGCAGCAGCGUGGCAGGCGCCACUGUCGCCCUAACUCCCGGCAGCGGUAGCCGCCAGCGACCAUUACGCAGCGUCUUCGAGGAUGACCUGAGCAAAUUCAAUGUGGAGCAUACGCCCGCACAGUUCUCCGGCGCCACCAGCCUGAGCAAUCUGAGCAUCGUUGAUGAUGAUAAGCCCAUAGGCGAGGACAAUGAUGUCGACAAGGAGGAUGAGCUGCUGCUAGCCAGCUGCAUCAACAUGGGCAUGCAACGACCUGCGGGCACGGCGGCAUCUGCUAGUGGAACUGGAACUGCAACGACGGCAGCUGCAGCCGCCUCCGUCGAAGAGACGACACGCAGCUACUGCACCGAGGACACGCCCGCACUGCUCUCCAAGGUGGGCAGCAAUACCAAUCUCUCAGCCAUAUCCAUGAAUUCGACAGCCGAAACACAGCCGCAACGCUGCUCCCUCAAUCUCUCCGACGAUGUCUCCUCCAACGCAUCCGAUUGCGGCGGCGUAGCUGGUGCCGCUGCCAUGCUACAGCAGUGCAUUCGGGACGGCAUGCAGAAGCCCAGUCCAAUGCCCGUGGCGCCUCUCCAUGAGGAUCCCAUUGCAAUGCUGCGCCGAGGCGGCAACAUGCUGUCCACCUAUUUGCCCGUCAGCGAUGAGAUGAGCAAAUAUCUGGUGGAGGACAGUCCCUGCAACUUCUCUGUCGUCUCCGGCUUGUCCAAUCUGACCGUGGGCUCAAGUCUGGUCGGACCAGCUGUGCAGCUGCAGGAAACAACUGGCAUUGCCGACGCGUCUGAGGUGAAGUCAGAGAGUCAAGCGUCAACCCAGGAGCAGGUCGGUCGACCGCCGCAGUGGCAGGAUGAUUCGUUGAGCUCGUUGUCCAUUGACUCCGAGGAUGAUACCAAUUUGCUGAGUCAGGCUAUUGCCGCCGGCUGCAAUAGGCCCAAAUCGAAUCUUGGCUUCAGCGGCACGAGCGCGACGAGCAGCAAACGCUCCAGCUCGCUGUGCUCCUCGUCCCAGCCCAUAGCCAUCAAUGCGGCCACCUCGGCGUGCUCCUUGAACUCGGCAAUGAGUGCGCGCAAGACGGUGCAGCAGGAAUCCUACAGCUCGGUGGACUCCAGCGAUUCAAACGACAAUCAAUCGAAGUCGCUAUUCGAGCUGUGUAUUCUGAAUGGCAUGUACAAGUCCAAGGAGCCCAGCAGAUCGCAGCAGCUACAGCACCAGCAGCAGCAACUGCAGCUAAGCAGCUCAACGGCACACUCAAAUCCAAAUCUGAAGCAGUUUGAUUCGCUGCCCGUGCAAUUGCCAGUGCAGUCGAAGCGGCAGCGUCAUCACCAUCACCAUCAUCACCAGCAUCAGCGGGAGCGAGAGCGUGAGCGCAAGGAUGAGAAAUUGCUGCUGGAGUGCAUCAAUACAGGCAUAUCGAAGAAAAUCAAUGCCGUGCCAAAAAACGCGCAAGCUACGUCUGCAGCUGCAUUGGAACCGUGUCACCCAAUGGCGGCUACUACAUCAGCAAGUGUCCACAGCACAGCAGCAGCUCCAGACGUAGAGCAGAAAUCGCACGCACUAUCAACACAGCACAACAGCCACCAAAUCAGCCAGCAGAGCAAGCAGUCACCCAGGCACGGCAUCGACACCGACACAGACGUAGCAAAAAGUCCAGCUCCAAGUCCAGAGACCGCGAACACGAUCGAUCACGGGAUCGUUACUGGGUCUAAAUUGUUAAUAGAUACCGAAGCGGAUCGUUCCAGCGACGAGUCGAAUCAGUCGUUGAUACUGGACACCACAGUGCGGCUGGAUGAGAUUCCGGAUGCCAACAGGCCACGAGCAGCAGACAAGCAUAAGGAUCCCGAUCUGAUGCUGAAGUCUGUGGAGCGGCUCACAUUGGAGUUUGUGACAUCCGCGGAGCAAUUGCGCACGGGCAAUCACACACACAACAAUAGUCACAGUCACAGUCAGAGUCACAGUCAGAGUCACAGUCACAGUCACAGUCACAGUCACAGUCACAGUCAUGGCAACAACAACACAUGGAACGAGCACACCUGUCCCAAUGAUGUAUCCUUUCCGAGCAUUAGCCAAACGGCACCUGUGCUGGCUUCGCUUAGUCUGGAUGAUGCUGAUAUGGAUGAUAUGGAUGCGGAUGCCACGCAGGCACAGGAUUUGCAUGAUUUUGCCGAGAUUACGCCCACCAAUGAGACGCAUUUGCUGUGCUCGUUGGGCUUGGCCAACGGCGAUGCCAACUUCCAGCAGCCCAGCUCCCUGGAUAGUCACACUCUAAGCGAUACGCUCAUCGAAGAGCCGGCACAAGAGCACAGCAUGUCCUCCGGGCUAAACUUUCAGCUGGGCGGGCAGGUGCAGAGCGCCGCAGUGCGCAGCUGCGAGCAGCAGCAACGGCUGCUGCUGUUCAAUGGCACCAGCGCCUCCAUGAUGACCAACUCCACAAUGAUUGCGUUCGAGGCACGUGCUCUAGCCGACAAUCUGCAGCAGCUGCAGGCGUGUGAUCCUGACGAUAACGAACACAACGAUGACAGUACUCAGCUGACAUUUAGUAUCAAUGGCAGCCUGGAUCUGGACAAUGUGCGUCCGCCCUCUGGCAUGGAAUCGCUGAACUCUGCCUGCAAUACGCAGCCAAGCUCGUUGCGGCUGGCCCUGCCCACGAAGUCGCCCAGAUUUGCGCGCAAGGCCUUUCCAGCCGGUCUGGUGGCCAGACGUGCGCUUGGCCAGCUGGCGGGCAGCGCCGAGAGCGUCAACUCCAGCUGCAAUCUGCUGGACAACAUUAAGCCGCCAUCGCUAAUGGAUGAGCUGCUCGAUUCCAUGAUCAGCGUGGACAGCAUCCAGUCGGAGGUGGCGGACGCUGAACAGGAGUGCAGCCUGGCGACCACCAUAUCAGUGUCCAACUACGAGACAGCUGCUGGUGACGAUCAGACGCUCACACUGACUGUCCUCCAGAGCUGCUGUGACUUUGAUGAUGACGAAGAAGAUGCCACGAUGAACGAGGACUUCAGCUCCGCGGAGUCGACGCCCAAGCAGGGCUCGACGCCUUCGCCGAAUCGUCGCACUCUCACGCCCAAACAAAAGCGUCGCCUGGCCAAGGAUCGUUACAAGACCUACACCAUCACCGGCAACGCUAUGGACAUUGUCGAGCCCAAUGAAACGCUGCAGAUCGAGAUUGUAGAGUCUGUGCCGCCCGAAGUGCCACCAGCAACACCAUCGCCGCGACUCAGUGGAAGGCGACGCGGCAGUGCCGAGCGUUACAAGACGCAGGUCAUCGAGUGCCCGCUGCAGUUGCUGCAGGAUGAUUGCCCCAGCGAUCAGCUGUCCUCCAUGCGCGCCAUGAUGCAGCAGUUCACCUACAUCACAGAUAUUGAUAUUGGCCUGCCCAGCGAGGCGCCGGAGACGCCCACUUUGGCAGAUGAUCCGCCCAGCUGCGAGGGCGACCAAAAUUCAGAAACAGAAUCGUGUCAUGGCCGUGGCCAGUCGCCGCCAGUGGCCAAGCAGCUAACGCUGAAGAGAACAACUCCGCCGCCGCAGCCGCCUGCUCUGGAGCCUGCCGCUGCUGUCAAGGUGGUGCGGGGACGCAAGAAGCCUGCCUACAUCUCGCCGUACAGCAUGCAGAGUCAACGCAAUAGCAGUGCAGCCGCUGCCGCUGCUGCUGCUGCCGCCAAGAGCAAGACCAAGACGCUGUCGCCAACCAUAGCUAAGCGGAACGCUUUGACCAGCACGCGGCUGCCGGCUAAGAAGAGGGCAACGCCGCCACCGACUACCACGCGUCUGGAGCGCCAGGGCACCUUUGUCAAGGAUGAGCCCACUAAUAUCAAUGCGCAAGUGCCCGUUGUGGAGCCAGUGAGUCCCACGCAACGCACCUCCAAGCUGCCCACAAAGCGGCCAACAACAGCACCAGCGACGUUCGCAGCAAAGACAGCGUCACCCAAACGCAUUUUAGCCAAAGCAGCGCCUCGUAUGCUGCCGCCACAGCAGAAACCGCAACAACGUGCCAAUACCAAUAUACGUCUGGCCAGCGCCAAGGCAGCGGCUGCCUCCCGCGUAGCCGCCCAAGCGACCCGAAUAUCAAGCACGACUCCGCCCUCGCGUAGCAAUUCGAGUUUGAAUGGUGGCAGUGCAGCCGUUGCUGCGGCAUCGGCAGCGGCCGUCAAGAUCAACCAGGCACAGAGUCGUAUUGCCAAUAUCUGGAAGCGCGUGGAUGAUGCCAAAACCAAGACGACAAAGACCAAACAAAUAUCUAAUCUGAAGACGCAGCAAACGAAAUCUUCCAAUACGUUAAACGGCAAUGCGUCAGGUCCCAAGCUCUUGCGCAGCUCCACAUUCGACAAUACGCCGCCAAGUGCAGCGGCGAACGGUCAAGCAUCGGGAGGAACUGCAUCAGCAUCCGCAUCCGCAGCAGCUGCCCGAUCCCGGCUGCCCAUUGGAGGAGUGCGCAAAUAGAAACGAACGCACAAAGCCAAUCCCGUCUUGCAUUUUCAUAUGGAAACAGAAUCAAAGAAUGUUUAUUAUAUAUAGAACUAUAUAUAUCUUGCAUACCUAUAGAGUAUAUAUAUAUAUAUAUAUUUAUAGCUAUAUAUCCUACGCUAGAUUUGUUAAGUCUAGAAACAACCUAAUCCAAUUCACAGUCAAACGACGAGCGCAUGGAAAUCGGCUCCAAGUUCGUAUGUAGCCAAAUGUAUUGCAUAAUAAUAAUUAUCUAGAUAUUAUCUCGGGCCUUUUCAAGUGUGUACAACCAUAUACUCUAUAUAACUACCUGCUAAAGAUAUAUAUCAUACGAUAUUCAAAGUUGUAACCAAGCUAAUUCGUAGCUGUUAUAUGAGGUCUAUAUGUAUGUUGCGACUUGCUAAUCAAAACGCUCUUAAAAUUAUAAUCAAAGAUAAAACGAAACAAUUUGAUAUACACUUAGUUAGUGUAUUUAGCCGUCGGCUUCCUUUCUGCAAACCAAAUAUUAUUUUGAGAAUGAUUAAUUUAACACAUUGAU